AUGGUCAAGCCAAGGACUCCUCUGGAGGGCGUCGAGAACAUCUUUGUCAGUUCCAAGGCUAUCAAGGAUGGGAGCAAGGCCAUUCGGGGAGGGAUCCCGGUUUGCUUUCCCUCAUUUGGUCCGUGGGAGCAUGGCCCUCAACACGGAUUUGCCCGAUCCACUGUGUGGGCCAUGGAUAAGGAACCCGAAACGGAUCCGAAUACCGGUGACGUCAAGGUGAUGUUGUCCUUGAAAGAUGACGAGAAAAUCCGCGAAACAUGGAACUACCCAUUUCAAUUUCUAUACACAUUCACGCUGAAGGCCAGAGACCUGAUCUUGGACGUGAACGUGGCCAACCAAGGCGAAAGAGACCUUGAGUUUACGUUUGCCCUUCAUACGUAUUACAAGGUACCAGAUGUGACCCAAUGCACCAUCAGUGGUCUUCAAGGUUUGACCUAUCUGGAUAAGACGGAUGGAGGCAAGGCCAAAAAGGAAGAGGCUGACGAAGUGAAACUCUCGAGCUUCGCCGACAGAGUUUAUCAGAAAUCCCCCGAUUCCGUGGUAUUGAGGGGCCUUCAAGGGGGCCGUGCCUUGACACUUACCAAGACCAACUUGACAGAUACGGUGGUCUGGAAUCCUUGGGCCGAGAAUGCCAAAAACAUGGCCGAUUUUGGAGACGACGAAUACACUAGCAUGAUCUGCGUGGAAGCCGUUCAAUUUACGGAGCCCGUUUCCGUGAAACCAAACUCUCACUGGCAGGCUACUCAUUCCCUCGCUGUUAUGGAUUAA